CAGGGCGUCUGUAGUGACGCCUCAAUCACUGAGAUGCAGUACGGUGCAUACUGUCCCCAAGGCCAACUCCGAAAAUAGAACUCAGAGCACCGACGGUGUUGAAGGCAAUAGGCUAUACCACUGGCACAACACAAACAAAAACAAACCACAUUUGAGCGCCGAUUUCACAGUCUUAACAAGGAGUAGCCAUGGAGCAUGAAGGAUCGCACCGUUUUGCAAGGAAAAAGCGAAGGACUCGCCUCUGGCUAAUCAUGGGUCUCUGUGCAGUACUUUCACUUGUCGUUAUCCUCGCUAUUUCUCUGGGAGUAGUGCACAGUCACGUACUGUCUAGUUCCAGCCCAUCGAGUGAAAGCCUAAAAAAAACGAUUAUUGACAAAUGUGAAGCAUUUAUACAGAACAACAAAUCUUCAAGUGCAAACAACUGUCAAAAGAUAUGGAGUGCAUUUCAGCAAGCAUUCGUGGGGAGGGACCCAUGUAAUGUACCGAUGGAGGCCUAUGACCCCCUUAUCCAUACUGUGAUCCAGGAUCCUGUCUGUAACAGGAUGUUGUUUUGGAGCAAAACAAAGAAAAUAGUGCAUGACUUCACAGAGAAGCGAGAUUGCUUCUUGACCCUCGAGGACACACUAGUUGGCUUCAUCAUGAAUGGACUGACCUGGUGUGGCAAGGAGGAUAGCAAUGAAACGUUCACCACAGGGUGCCCAGGCUGGACAGACUGUGUCAACAACACAGUUCGUUCAUUCUGGAAUCGGGCCUCAGCAGCAUUUGCAGAUGCCGCAUGUGGUGAUGUCACAGCCAUGCUGAAUGGAUCUAUUGCCACUCCUUUCAGCCCCACCAGUAUUUUUGCCACCAUCGAGGUGAAACGGUUCAAAGCUGCCAAAGUGAAGAGCCUGAGUGUUGUCCUGGUGACCAAGGAGAAUAAGGGGACAACCUGUGAUGAUCCCUCCUUACAAGACCUACAGAAAGAGAUAGAGCCAAAACUCAAGUAUAAUUGCAAGGCGGUUCCUGAGUCUAAGAUCCAGGACUGCAUUUCCCACCCAGACACAGCUUGUGGCGCCUGCUGGUAAUAUUGUCCAAUCAGCAGUGAACAAGGCGUGGUCGUCAAGAGUAUAAAUGGAUAUUAUUCCAUCAUGGAACCAUGAACUAAUAUUUGAGCUGUCAUCAAGCAGCCCCGGGCCUACCCUGAUUCUUUACAGAAGUUCUUACAAUUGAAUCAUUUCCAUAGUACCUCCUUUUAUCUUAAAUGACAAUUGCACCCUUUAGCAACCUAAUUUUCAUUAUCUCCAGCACAAUAGAACAUCAAAAGUGUAUUUUUGAUGAGAUUUGUGGUGACGUGGAGAGAAAGAAAACACCCUCAUUGCAGGUUUUGAAAAUCACUGUUUUUCUUACUAAUUAAAAAAGAAAGGUGCAAGUUGGAACCAAAUAUGGUUCUUGAGAGCGAUACCAUAGGGGAACCAUUUUCAUGGGAUGGUUCUUUGAAGAACCAUACAAAAAUUCAAAUCCAAAAAUGUUUCGGCACUCCAGGACCAGAAUUUAAAAGCCAUGCUGUAGGUUUUUAAGCCUUAUUUGCAUAUUUCCCAGGGUGCCUUUCACAUAAAAAAAAAAAAUCCCUGGUGUGCCGGGUAGGCGGAGUGUUCCAAUUUAUCACCAUUUAAUCUCAUAGCAGGUGUAAAAAAAAAACAUUAAAAAAAUGCUACAGCGAAGUUGAUACUGAGAUUUCAAAACUUUUAAAACCAUGACUAGAGAGAGACUGUCAUCGAAUACAGCAAAUCCAGUUGAAGUCAGCAGUUUACAUCCACUUAGGUUGGAGUCAUUAAAACUCGUUUUUCAACCACUCCACAAAUGUCUUGUUAACAAUCUAUAGUUUUGGCAGUCGGUUAGGACAUCUACUUUGUGCAUGACACUCGUGAUUUUUCCAACAAUUCUUUACAGACAUAUUAUUUAACUUAUAAUUCACUGUAUCACAAUUCCAGUGUGUCAAAAGUGUACAUACACUAAGUUGAAUGUGCCUUUAAACAGCUUGGAAAAUUCCAGAACAUUAUGUUAUGGCUUUAGAAGCUUCUGAUAGGCUAAUUGACAUCAUUUGAGUGAAUUGGAGGUGUACCUGUGGAUGUAUUUCAAGGCCAACCUUCAUACUCAGUGCCUCUUUGCUUGACAUCAUGGGAAAAUCUAAAGAAAUCAGCCAAGACCUUUUUUUAUUGUAGACCUGCUUCAUCCUUGGGAGCAAUUUCCAAAUGCCUGAAGGGACUAUGCUCAUCUGUACAAACAAUAGUACGCAAGUAUAAACACCAUGGGACCAUGCAGCGAUCAUACCGCUCAGGUAGGAGAUGGGUUCUGAUGAGCGUAAUUUGGUGCGAAAAGUGCAAAUCCAUCCCAGAACAACAGCAAAGGACCUUGUGAAGAUGCUGGAGGAAACAGGUACAAAAGUAUCUAUAUCAACAGUAAAACGAGUCCUAUAUCGACAUAACCUGAAAGACCGCUCAGCAAGGAAGAAGCCACUGCUCCAAAACCGCGAUAAAAAGCCAGACUACGGUUUGCAACUGCACAUGGGGACAAAGAUCGUACUUUUUGGAGAAAUGUUCUCUGGUCUGAUGAACUAAAAUUGAAAUGUUGGCCAUAAUGACCAUCGUUAUGUUUGGAGGUGAAAGGGGGAGGCUUGCAAGCCAAAGAACACCAUCCCAACCGGGUAGCACAGGGGUGGCAGCAUCAUGUUGUGGGGGUGCUUUGCUGCAGGGGGGACUGGUGCACUUCACAAAAUUGAUGGCAUCAUGAGGAAAGAAAAUGAUGUGGAUAUAUUGAUGCAACAUCUCAAGACAUCAGUUAAUGCUUAAGUUAAUGCUUGGUCGCAAAUGGGUCUUCCAAAUGGACAAUGACCCCAAGCAUAUUGGGGUCAUUUCCAAAGUUGUGGCAAAUGGCUUAAGGACAACAAAGUCAAGGUAUUGGAGUGGCCAUCAAAAAGCCCUGACCUCUAUCCUAUGGAAGAACAGGGCAGAACAGAAAAAGUGUGUGCGAGCAAGGAGGCCUACAAACCUGACUCAGUUACAGCAGCUCUGUCGGGAGGAAUGGGCCAAAAUUCACCCAACUUAUUGUGGGAAGCUUGUGGAAGGCUACCUGAAAAGUUUGACCCAAGUUAAACAAUUUAAAGGCAAUGCUACCAAAUCAUAAUUGAGUGUAUGUAAACUUCUGACCCACUGUGAAUGCGAGGAAAGAAAUAAAAAGCUGAAAUAAAUCACUCUCUAUUAUUCUGACAUUUCACAUUCUUAAAAUAAAGUUGUGAUCCUAACUGACCUAAGAGAGGGAUUUUUUUUUAGUAGGAUUAGGAAUUAGGAAUCAGGAAUUGUGAAAAACUGAGUUUAAAUGUAUUUGGUGUAUGUAAACUUCUGACUUCAGCUGUAGUUCAUGUUUAAGUUCUUACUCCGCACUGUCAACACUUUUUAUUCAACACUUUGGCUAUAUAAGCUAUAAAAUGCUUGUUCUUCUUACUUCCACUCGUGCUACAACCAGCACUGCAGCUGUAAUAAAUGAGUAGGAAAGUGUAUCGACAGGCUUGCAUCGUUAUUAUUAGCGGCUUGGGUCUUUUUUAAUAUUGAGGAAUAUUUCACGUUCUCUGUUCGUAGGAGUAACAGCAUGAAUUUGUGCAUGAGGCUGGUCAUGUUUUGGAGGACGCAUGACUCGACCGUCGCCUCUCCCGAGCCUUUUUGGUAGUUGCAGCUAUGAGACAAGAUCGUAAUUGGAUAGGACGAAAUUGGGGAGAAAGGGGGGGGGGGGGGGGGAAAUACUCAUUCAAAAAUGUACAACUGAUCUAUUACCGGUGUGAUCAAAUAUCCUACCUAAGAUGUUGAAAUAUUAAAAAAAUUAUAUGGUUUGAACAACAAUGAAUUGGCAGGGAAUUUCAAGCAAAGCCAAUAUGCAGUGAUAUUGUAUUGGGCCAUUUCAGAUUUAGAUAUAAGAAUUUUUCACAUAGUAGUCUGGAUGUAGUGAACACAUUUUUCAAAAUAACUUUAGUUAAGUAAGCUAUAAGUGUAGCUUAUUUUCUUCCAGUGCAAAGUAAUUGGUAACUUGGUAAACUAUUUUAGUGUAGCUACCCCAACACUGAAGGGAGAAUUAUUAGUUAUUUUCACUCUUCUGAUUUAAAAAAUGUUUAUGGUCAGUUGCUCCAGUACUAUUUUUAAUAGGUUAAUGUUGCAUAGGCUUAUGUUUUUUUAAGUCAUGUUCAAAAAAAAUCUGAGCGGUGGAUCUCAGCUUGCAUUUUGACUCAAAGUGAUCUUGACUCAGAAAAGGUAGGUGACCACUGUCCUAAGUCAAUAUGUUAAAUACAUGUUUUAUUUUUUAGACAAUACGUAUUUCAUAGUGCCUUCUUUUGAGGGCCUAGUUUUACCCUAAUUCAGUGGCCUGAAACUCAUAGUUUACAGGCCACAUUAGGCCUCACAUUAUGCUGGCUUGCAAAGUGAUAUUUAAUUCCUAUUGUAUUCCAGUGGGGAUAUCCAACCUUUUUUUAAUCAUUCACCUUCAACCUGCAUUCAGAUUGACUGCCAGGUUUGGAAAGACUAAGAUAUGAGACUACGUUUUACUGUAAAGUGGAACAACCAAAUCCAAGUAACAGACUGGAAUUGAUUAAUUCUGAAGAACCGUAGAGGCCACGUCAAGUAUCCCAUACUUAACCCAAAUGUACUUUAUCGGGCAAGCGUUCUCCAAGGAACCUUAAGAGCUGAGGAAGAACCAUUUAAGAACAUUUCUUUCUUUCAGUGUACUUUUAAUCCUACCCUGGUGUAACAGACAAGCCAUUUUCAGGACCCCGAGCUGACAUUGUAAGAAUCUGUCAUUCUGCCCCUGAACAAGGCAGUUAAACCCACUGUUCCUAGGCCGUCAUUGUAAAUAAGAAUUUGUUCUUAACUGACUUGCCUUGUUAAAUAUAUAUUUUUAAAUGUCAUAGAAACAUUUUCACAUAUGUAGACUCUGGUAUGGUACUGGAGAUAAGGAAAAUGAGGUUGAAAAGUUAACUAUGGUUUGUAUUACCCUACAAAUGGACAGCCUAUUUAACUUACAUAAAUAACGUUGUGAAUUAAAUUUGUCAGUCAUAUGAAACUUUGUCAAUGCUAUACCUUUUGUAAAUGGAAUGUGGGGGUUAUAUUUUACCAUGUUAUAGCAAAUACAGCUAACAUAUACUAAAGUGGACCUGCAAUGUUGAUGAUUUAUUUCUAUUGGGGUUUUAUUGGUUAGUUAUAAUACAAUCUGAAAUGUAUUUCUCAACCCAUAAGAAGUUAUCAUAAUCUGAAUUCACUUGAUUUGGUAGCGACAGAAAUUUGAACUAUCAAAAGGCACUUUUGUGUUCACGAGAUUUGUAGCCUACUGUUUGCUUUAUGUAGUAAUCUGCUUUCCUAAAAUGCACUAGACGUGGGUGUUUGGAAUGUCUUUCUCACUCCGCUGGUUUUAAUGGUGCUUUCUGCCUGUGUGGAGUUAUCCUGUCUUACCUACAUAUGUGUGUUUGUAAAUGAACAAAUGCUGGAGAAUACUUUUAUUAAAGGAAGUUAACUCUUCAGUGUCAACA